GAGGGCGGGAAGUCCCCCACCAUUCCCACCGUCAUGUUCAUCUUUGGUGUGGUGGGCAACCUCAUAGCCAUCGUGGUGCUCUGCAAGUCCAGGAAAGAGCAGAAGGAGACCACUUUCUACACGCUGGUCUGUGGGCUGGCAGUCACUGAUCUCCUGGGGACCUGCCUGGUGAGUCCGGUCACUAUCGCCACUUACCUGCAGAACCGUUGGCCAGGAGGACCAGCACUGUGUGAGUACAGCUCUUUCAUCCUCCUCUUCUUCGGACUCUCUGGCCUCAGCAUUAUCUGUGCCAUGUCCAUAGAGAGGUACCUGGCCAUCAACCAUGCCUAUUUCUACAACCACUACGUAGACAAGAAGCUGGCAGGUCUCACGCUUUUUGCCAUCUAUGCAUCCAAUGUGCUGUUCUGUGCCCUCCCCAGCAUGGGCCUCGGCAAAUCUACCUUGCAGCACCCUGCCACUUGGUGUUUCAUAGACUGGCGAACAAAGGAGGCUACCCACGCGGCAUAUUCCUACAUGUACGCCGGCUUCAGCUCCUUUCUAAUCAUGGUCACCGUGAUCUGCAAUAUCCUGGUGUGCGUGGCCCUCAUCCGCAUGCACCGCCAGUUCAUGCGACGCACAUCCCUGGGGACAGACACCACCUCCAGCCGUUUAUCUGACUUUCGCAGGCGCCGGACCUUCCGUCGGAUGGCUGGAGCAGAGAUCCAGAUGGUUAUUCUGCUUAUUGCCACUUCCCUGGUGGUGGUCAUCUGCUCCAUUCCACUGGUGGUCCGUGUCUUUGUGAACCAGCUGUACCAGCCGGAACUAGUGAAGGAUGAGAGGCAAAACCCUGACCUGCAAGCCAUCCGCAUUGCCUCAGUGAACCCCAUUUUGGACCCAUGGGUCUACAUCCUCCUCCGCAAGACUGUGCUCAGCAAAGCCAUCGAGAAGGUCAAAUGCCUCUUCUGUCGCAUAGGAGGGGCCCGGAGGCAGCACUCGGGGGGCAAUUUCAACUGCACGGACGGCCGCAGGACCUCGUCUGCCAUGUCAAGCCAGUCGCCCUCCUUCAUCUCUCGUGAGCUGCGGGAGAUCAGCAGCACCUCGCAAACGCUGCUGUACCCCCCAGAGUUGAGCGAAAGCAGCGCCGGGGGCCGCAUGCUGCUCCCAGGCCCUGCCGCCAGCCUGGCCCAGUCUGACACCACAUCAGUAAAGACACUGCGUAGCCUGGAGACCUCGGACUCCUCACAGGGACAGGACUCCGAGAGCAUCCUCCUGGUGAAUGAAAUCAGGCCUGGUGGUGGGGCCAGCUCUGCAUCCAAGGGCAGCCCUCUGCAGGUCACCUUCCCAACAGAGACACUGAAUUUAUCAGAGAAGUGUAUAUAG